AUGCUCCGCGCCACGGUGGCCGUCGCCGCGACCGCUGUCUGCGGCGCACUGUGGGUCGAUCGCCAGGAUCCCAGCGAUGCGAGGCGGCUGGGCCAGACCGAGAAGCAGAUGGUGAGGGCCGACUCCGACGUGGGGUGGUUCGGCUCCGAGGCGGCCGAAGCCGAGGCCAAGGCGGUGAAGGCCCUGCGCGAGGCGGAGCAGGCCACCGAGGAGUUGCACAGCAACCUGUCCAAGCGCCAGAUGGAGGCAAUGGACCGCCACGCGGAGGCCGAGCUGAGCCAGGAGGUGGGCAAGGAGCUCAAGCUGGACCGCGUGGUCGCCUCCAUGGAGCGCGAGGCAGAGGCGCAGAGCCGCACCAUCGACGGCGUGAUGCGGAUGAGCCGGGUGGUGGAGGCGGGGGAGGGCCGGAGCGCGGGUGACCUCGAGCGCGAGAUCAAGAGGAUGGAGAAGGAGGCCGACGCCGACUUCGACAAGGAGGACAGGGACAUCGAGCAGUACAAGCGGCGCGAGCGCGAGGAGGCGUCCACGUGGGCCAGGGAGCAGCAGGCGGAGAAGAGGCAGCUCCGCGACGCGCGCAGGGAGGUGGACAUCGCCAAGAGAAAGGAGAUCCAGUACCAGCACCACCGCUUUGCCGUGGAGUCCGACACCCGGCGGCAGCUCUGGCAGGACGCCGACGCCAUGCGCAGGGAGGCCAGCAACGACACCCUGCCCGAGGCGGAGGUGCUCCGCCUGCUCGACGUCACCAAGCCAGUGCUCGACAACAUGACCUCGAACAUGGUGAGCUGGGGGCCCGAGAACGUGACCUGGUUCGACGAGCGCCUCGAGGGCAUGCGUUUCAAGUCCGCGGCCGCCUCCGCCAAGAUGGUCGAAGCCGUCAGGCACAAGGUGGACGUCUUCCGCAGUACUCACCUCGACUACGACACCCGCCAGUUUGUCGCCCUGGUGGGGAAGCUGUUCAACGACACCAGAGGCGAAAUCAGGACCCUGGAGCAGACGUUCGACCUCAUCCUUGCCCGCCUGCAGCACUGGGACAGCGGCAACCCCGAGAAGUUAACGUACACCCUGGCCGUCGCCCUCCGCGGAGUGACGGGCAACGUCGAGUUCAGGAACCACCUCCUCAGGAUGGACACGGCCCUCCUCGGCCAGGCCAACGCCUCCGAGGCGUGCGGGCUGCUCGGGGGCAUGUUGGCGUCCAACAUGGCGCCCGCCUACAGGAGCCUCGGUCGCAUGAGGGAGGCUCUUGACAGCAUGAGCAAGAUCGUGCCGAGCGUGGUGCAGGAUGUGUCAGCUGGCGCCCAGGCAAUGGUGGCGAACCGCACGAGCAGCGUGCUGAACAUGGCUUACGUGGAGCACCUGGCGCUGAAGGAGUCCGCGGCCACCAUCCUGCAGGAUGCGGCGCCGGUCGUCCUGGACCGCCUCCAUUGCGACUUCGGGAGCGCCUCCGUGCGCUCGUCGGCGUUGGGUGCCGUCGCUGCUCUCGCGGUCGCCGCGGCCGCAUGCCUCGGCCAGUGA